AUGAAAUUAUUUUCUUCUUUUAUAACUAGUGGUGGUAAAGACAGUUGUUAUAAUAUGAUGCAGUGUGUAGCAGAAGGACAUGAAAUAGUUGCCUUAGCAAAUCUCAAACCAAAAGAAUGUGAUGAAUUAGAUAGUUAUAUGUAUCAGACAGUAGGUCAUCAUGCUAUAGAUAUAUAUGCUGAAGCUAUGAGCCUACCACUGUAUAGACGGACUAUUACUGGUGAAUCAAAACUGUUAGACAAGUACUAUACACCUACUGAGGGUGAUGAAGUAGAAGAUUUAUAUGAACUUCUCAAAGAUAUCGAGAGUAAAGAAAAAAUAGAAGGAGUGUCUGUUGGUGCUAUUUUAUCUGAUUAUCAAAGAGUAAGAGUAGAAAAUGUAUGUGAAAGAUUAGGAUUAACAUCAUUAUGUUAUCUAUGGAGAAGAGAUCAAGAUGAAUUACUAUCAGAAAUGAUUCAGUGUCAAGUAGAAGCUGUUAUUAUAAAAGUAGCAACAUUAGGUAUGAUCUACCCAGAUAAACAUUUAGGAAAAACCAUAUCAGAAAUAUAUCCACUAAUGGUCAAACUGAAUUCUCAAUAUGGUGUCAAUAUCUGUGGUGAAGGAGGAGAGUUUGAAACAUUCACCUGUGAUUGUCCAUUGUUUAAUAAGAAAAUUGUUAUAGAUGAUGUUCAAAGAGUUAUGCAUACUGUUGAUCCAUUUUCUCCUGUGGGGUAUUUGAAUCUACAGAAGCUCCAUUUAGAAGACAAGAUGAAUAAAAAGAAUAAAAUUCAAAUUAGGACAGCAUUUAUGUUCUUUAGAGAUACGAAUAUUUAUUCUAUUUUAAAAACUUUAAAAAAUGAAAAUGAUGAACGUUUAUAUGUCAAAGACAGAUUAAAAGAUCUACCAUUAAAGAAAUGGUGUGAUUUAGAUGAAUUUAAGAAUGGAAAGGAGAUGGAAGUUACUAGUAUAUCUGAUAUUAAUACAAGUUUAGGAGUUACAACAAAAGAUAUAGUAUCAGUAAGGUUGUAUGUUCAGAAUAUGGCAGAUUUUCCUCGAAUUAAUUCUGUUUAUAAACAACUAUUUGGUAUCAACCCACCUGUCAGAGUAUGCUGUAGUGUGUGUUUACCAUCUAAUGUUAGUCUACAGUUAGAAUGUUUCGGUUAUACUGGAACUGAUAUCUUAACAUUACAUGUACAAAGUUUAUCACAUUGGGCUGCUGCUAAUAUAGGACCUUAUAGUCAGGCUAAAAUGGUAGAUGAGAUGAUAUUUAUAUCAGGACAGAUUGGUUUAUGUCCAGUAACUCUGAGUAUUAUAGAUGGUGGUAUUAAAAUACAGGCCUCUCUAGCAUUACAACAUACCAGUAGAAUACUCUCAGUUAUGGCCCCAGGUUGUAAUUUAAAUAAUGUAUUAUUAUGUAUAUGUUAUGUGACCAAUCCUGUCUAUAUUCAACAUGUUAAGUUACAAUGGCGGAUUAUAAGAAGUAAUCCAGUAACAUUAUUUCAAUGUGUAGUUGUACCAGAAUUACCUAAGAAAGCUCUGGUAGAAUGGCAGGUUUAUGCUUCUAAACCUUCUGCACAUCUUUUAGGUCAGUAUCAUUUCUAA